AUUGCAAACGUGAGACUACACCAGGCUCACAUACAACAACUUACCUGACUCCCUUGCAGGUAACUUAAACUCGACAACGUUCAGUAUGUACAUUGUGUGUAUAUGUUUAUUAUGUACGCUAAAUAUACAUAUAUAUAUAUAACGUACUGCAAGCCAUGACACUAUUUAAAAUAACAUUUUAAAAAAUAUUUAAUUGUUUAACAUAAAUUAUAAUCCCGACAAUUAAGCAAGUGUGUUUAUUAAUAUACUUAAACUGUCGUAUUUUAAGUCAGUACAUGUGUUAACAAAUGUAAUUUCACUCUCGUUUCGUAGGCCCGUACGUAUGUUUAUUAAUGUACUUAAACUCUCGUAUCUUGAGCAAGUACGUGAAUUAAUAAAUGCACUUACAAUCUCGUUUCUUAGACAUGUACGUGUGUUUAUUAAUAAACUUACAUUUUUUUUAGGCACUUCUGUGUGUUUAUAAAUGUACUUACUCUCUCGAAUCUUAAGCAAGUACGUGUGUUUAUAAUGUACGUACACUCUUGUUUCCUUGAAAUGUACGUGAGUUUAUUAACUUACACUCUCGUAUUGUAAGCAUGUACGUGUGUUUAAUAAUAUUUUUAUUCUCUCGUUUCUUAAGCAAGUACGUGUGUUAAUUAAUUUAAUUACAAUAUCGUUUUAGGCACGUAUGUGUGUUUAUUAAUACACUUACACUAUCAAUUUUUAGGCAUGUAAAUGUAUUUAUACAUGUAAUUACACUCUCUUUUCUUAAGCAAGUACGUGUGUUUAUUAAUGGAUUUACUUUCGCUUAUCUUAGUGUCCACGUGUGCUUGUCGCUGUCGUUACAUUCCUAUAUCUUAGCACAUACCUAUGUCUGUCACUGUCGUUAUAUUACCAUAUGUUAGUACAUACCUAUGUAUGUCACUGUCGUUGCAUUUCCAUAUCUUAGCACGUACCUAUGUGUGUCGCUGUCUUUACAUUCCCAUAUCUUAGCACGUACCUAUGUAUGUCACUGUCUUUACAUUCCCAUAUCUUAUCACGUACCUAUGUAUGUCGCUGUCUUUACAUUCCCAUAUCUUAGCACGUACCUAUGUAUGUCGCUGUCCUUACAUUCCCAUAUCUUAGCACGUACCUAUGUUUGUCACUGUCGUUACAUUCCCAUAUCUUAGCACGUACCUAUGUAUGUUGCUGUCUUUACAUUCCCAUAUUGUCACGUCUAUCUUCACUUACAGUGCACACAGAUCACACAAUGCUAAUUACUAACUAUAUAUCUAUCAACAACUGAGGCGUUGUAGAGUUCAGUGAAAGAUAGUGAUUAUCAGUUAUUAUUAAUACACACUCACGAAUAAGCAAUUAUAAUCACAAAUAGUGAAUACUUAUCACAAUCAUAACCUAGUCCUUAUCUUAUCAACUAAUUAAAAUAUUGUGGAGAGUUCGGACCGCGCCUGACGUAAUCUGUCUGACCACCCAAGCUUGUGACCACGCACGAGCGCCGGACCACGACGGCGCCUGACGUAAUCCGUCUGACCGAAGGAUCAAGCUUGUGGAGCACGACGGACCCAAGGAUCAAACGCCUGACCAAUUACGGCCGUCUGACACCCAGACACGACCAUCCAUCUGACCAGGGCAUUUACCUGGGACGUCUAGACCGACCGAGAAAAGGGGCGGGGCAAGUACAGACCCAGGGACCUAUAAAUAGGGACGAGGGGGAGCACGGCCGGAUGGUUAGAAAAGGGAAAGCGGCCGGACUGAGAACUAGAUAGCAGGGAGAAGUCAGAGCUGUGAGAUGAAUGAAAGUGUAAGCAAGUGACAGAGCCAAUAAAGAACACGAGUUUACUCAUCAAAUGUAUCACCGGAGUUGUUUCCUUAUUGAGUACCAGAUCUAGAUGAAGUUUGUCAGAGAGUAAGCAAGGUCCCUUACAAUGGUGGCAGCGGUGGGAUAUUAACCUUGCAACGACUCUGAAGAGACAAAAUUCUUGGAUAGCCGGACUGAGAUGAGAAGUGCAAGGUGUGGAAAAUCUAUGGCAAGCACAAUGACUUCUCAGUAUUUAAACAACAUCCCAACGUACAGUGGAACCUCUACAUGGCACACCUUUAUCGUGCAUUUUGAAACAGCUGCAAAAAUCUUCAAGUGGAGUGAGGAAGAGAAACUCCUUUAUUUGGGGUUUGUUUUGAAGGAUUCGGCGGCUGAAUUCGCUUACAGUGAAUUAAGUGAAGAAGAGCGAGAGACGUACGAGAAACUUAAAGAGGCCCUCGCCAAUCGGUUCCAGGAUCAUAGGACACCAGCUUUCUUCCAGAAUCUGUUGGAAAAACGUACGUUCCUAAGAACAGAAACCAGUGCUGAGUACGCUACCGACAUCAAGAAACUGGUGGCGAAAAGUUUUCCACCGGCAGACCAGGCCACACGAGAUGCCAUUGGUUUUAGGCAGUUUUUACGUGGGCUACAGGAUCCUUCAAUGAUCACACAUGUUGGCACUAUGGCCGUUCCUCCCACCGUGGACAAGGCGAGAGCUGCCUUGGAUACAAUCUUAAAUCUGAGGGACAGCGUUUGUUUACCAACACAGCAAGUAGCAUCAAUGGCUACCGACAAUUUGGCCAGAGAGGUUAGCAGCCUGAGAGAGGACCUUAGGAAAUUCAUGGCCUCACAGCGAGGGGCAGUUACUCAUUCGGCACGUGAAGGUAAUCGGAGGGCGGAACUCAGAUGCUUUGGGUGUGACCAAAUCGGUCAUAUUUCACGGAAUUGCCCAAAACAAGAGACCAUUAGGACGAAAUCUUCGUCGUUAAAACUAAAUCACAUCUCAUCGAAGUCAAAUGUUCACAACCUUCGUCCUAAUUUUGUGUUUGUGCCUGUGAAAGUGUGCGGCGUUAGGACAGAUUUCCUCAUGGACACUGGAGCGGCCGUGACAAUUUUGUCCAAGAGAGCUUUUAAUAGAAUGCAGCAGAGACCGAAGUUGAAUACCCACCUCGUCCCAUUACAUCUACAGUCAGCCAGUGGUACGUCUAUAAAACUCCAUGGAGUCUGCGACCUAGACUUGCUUAUUGGAGAGAAGAUUUAUCCAUGGACGGUGCAUAUCGCAGACAUAACCGACGAUGGUUAUCUAGGAUUCGAUUUCCUAUGUCACUAUGACUUUUCAUUUUCAAUCAAAAGGGGUCUCAACCUACAUAGAGACAAGGUGCCAGUAAUAACAAAAUGUGUAAAUUCAGUGACUCAACAGGACCAGUCUUAUUCGUUGGUAGAAAACGGUGAGCUCAAUGAGGAAGAGGACAUCAUUCCAUUAUCCACCACUAGUAACCAGUUGCCAGCAGCAGCUGUUGUGAAAAUCAACAUGGUGACGACUCGCAGAAAAACGUAUCCUCCCGUGAACCCACCUAAGCCCUCGCCCGGAGGAGCAACCACAAGUGAUACUGGUCGAGCAAACUGCCCUGUGGACACGCCCCUCGUACCAAGCCAACCUAUCCAAUUACCUUGCCCUGAGUCGACAUCAAACAGAAAUGAUCGGAAUGCUGACCAAGAGCCGGUUGCAGUGUUAUGUGCAGACAAUAGUGACUAUAAAUUCUGUGAAGGGUUAGACAUAUCCAAGGAAGAUCUGAGAAGAUUACAACAGGAAGAUAAUGACUUGAGUCAUGUUUUUAAGUGGGUCAAGGACAAAACAAAACCAAAAAGAGAGGAAAUUAGUGGAGAAUCGCCGGCUGUUAGGAACCUUUGGUUAAACCUUGAUUUACUUAUUGUUGUGGAUGGAGUUUUAUGUAAACGAUGGUUUCAUCCGGGUCGGAAGGAUGAAAUAUUGAAAAUUAUGUUGCCUAGAUCUCUUGUGAGCACAGUGUUAAAAAAAAUGCACUCGUCAGUUUAUGCUGGCCAUCUCGGCAUAAAUAAGGUAUUGGAUAAUGUCAGGACAUACUACAGUUGGUACAGAAUGAAAAGGGAUGUUCAAACGUUCAUCACCAACUGUGCCACAUGUCAGCACAUCAAACGCCCCCAAGCCAACAGUUCAGCCAGGAAACAUCUUAAGACAGCCCAGCGUCAGAAAAGGGACCACGAUACUCGGGCAGUACAACAUAGCUUCAACGUGGGGGACGUGGUUCUCUAUUUGGACUUAACCAAACAGGUGGGUGGAAAUCCAAAAUUGAACCCAAAUAAAUGGCGCGGACCAUCAGUUGUCAGUCGAAAAUUUAGUGAUGUGUUAUUUGAAAUUCGAGGAGAGGGAAAGACGAGGGCAAGAAUAAUUCAUCACGACCGAUUGAAACCCUAUUAUGACAAUAAUCCCCCCCGACUGGAUUUUAAAGUUACAAACAAUUUGCCUGAGAGACAACUUGAUGGGAGCUACUCCGGAGCUUCCACGCGUUCUGCAAGAAGCUUAGAGUGAAGACAUUUUGGACACCUAGAUUGUAGGGAAUGACAUGCAAAUAUUUUUUUUGGGAAGAUGUAAAGUUAACUAAUGUUGUGUUAAUUUAUCUCGAGACAUAUGAACUCCAGAGUUGAAUCGGUAACAUAAUGUGUAUAACAUGUAAUAAUUAUGACAUGAUUAUUGUUAUUUCGAGUUGAAGUUUUUUUUCUUGUGUAUAACUNUAUUUUCAUGCAUAUUGUUUACUGUGAUACUUGAUUGCUGUUUGAUUUUGUUUUCUCUAAAUGUUGUAUUAUUCAUUGUUAGUUGAACGCUGUUAGAUCAAAAUUGUCUGAUUGUGGUGAAUGUAUUAGGUGCUCUGACUGACUCAAAAAUGACUCUGACCUUAACCACAACUGUUUAGGAGACCACGUUUGAGGGUCCGUUGAAUUCAAUAGUCGUAGUCGAAGGUAGGACGACGGGUAGGAUUGUUUUACACAAGGAGACGUAUUAGAACCAAAGCGAAUGACGUCAUGUGUAUUACUGUGAGCUGUUUGUAAAUGAAUGCUGAAGGUCCAAGUCACUUGAAGCCAUUUAGAAACCAAUCAUAAGAAAUUUUAACGGGGAUGUUGUGUAAUGUCGGGACGACAUUGUUUUGUAAGAUGGGGGUAGUGUGGAGAGUUCGGACCACGACGGCGCCUGACGUAAUCCGUCUGACCGAAGGAUCAAGCUUGUGGAGCACGACGGACCCAAGGAUCAAACGCCUGACCAAUUACGGCCGUCUGACACCCAGACACGACCAUCCAUCUGACCAGGGCAUUUACCUGGGACGUCUAGACCGACCGAGAAAAGGGGCGGGGCAAGUACAGACCCAGGGACCUAUAAAUAGGGACGAGGGGGAGCGCGGCCGGAUGGUUAGAAAAGGGAAAGCGGCCGGACUGAGAACUAGAUAGCAGGGAGAAGUCAGAGCUGUGAGAUGAAUGAAAGUGUAAGCAAGUGACAGAGCCAAUAAAAAACACGAGUUUACUCAUCAAAUUUAUCACCGGAGUUGUUUCCUUAUUGAGUACCAGAUCUAGAUGAAGUCAGAGAGUAAGCAAGGUCCCUUACAAUAUUAAUAGCAUGGACUUAUACUUAUAACAACCGCCAUCAUUCCAUUCUCUCUUCUCUUCUGUGAUUGGUCCGUCUUCCCAAGUUCCUUACUUUAUAAAUUAUAAAUCCUAAUUUUCACCUCUCUUAACUCCUUUAACUCAACUUAUCUCUGUGACACAUAUCUUAGCACAUACCUAUGUUUGUCACUGUCGUUAAAUUCCAAUAUCUUAGCAUGUACCUAUGUAUGUCGCUGUCGUUACAUUCCCAUAUCUUAUCACGUACCUAUGUUUGUCACUGUCUUUACAUUCCCAUAUCUUAUCACGUACCUAUGUUUGUCACUGUCCUUACAUUCCCAUAUCUUAGCACAUACCUAUGUAUCUCACUGUCGUUACAUUCCCAUAUCUUCGCACAUACCUAUGUAUGUCGCUGUCGUUACAUUCCCAUAUCUUAUCACGUACCUAUGUAUGUAGCUGUCGUUACAUUCCCAUAUCUUAUCACGUACCUAUGUAUGUCGCUGUCUUUACAUUCCCAUAUCUUAGCACGUACCUAUGUAUGUCAGUGUCUUUACAUUCCCAUAUCUUAGCACAUACCUAUGUUUGUCACUGUCGUUAUAUUCCCAUAUCUUAGCAUUUACCUAUGUAUGUCACUGUCGUUACAUUCCCAUAUCUUAUCACGUACCUAUGUAUGUCGCUGUCGUUACAUUCCCAUAUCUUAUCACGUACCUAUGUAUGUAGCUGUCGUUACAUUCCCAUAUCUUAUCACGUACCUAUGUUUGUCACUGUCGUUACAUUCCUAUAUCUUAUCACGUACCUAUGUUUGUCACUGUCGUUACAUUCCCAUAUCUUAGCAUUUACCUAUGUAUGUCGCUGUCUUUACAUUCCCAUAUCUUAGCACGUACCUAUGUAUGUCAGUGUCUUUACAUUCCCAUAUCUUAGCACAUACCUAUGUUUGUCACUGUCGUUAUAUUCCCAUAUCUUAGCAUUUACCUAUGUAUGUCACUGUCGUUAAAUUCCCAUAUCUUAUCACGUACCUAUGUAUGUCAGUGUCUUUACAUUCCCAUAUCUUAGCACAUACCUAUGUUUGUCACUGUCGUUAUAUUCCCAUAUCUUAGCAUUUACCUAUGUAUGUCAGUGUCUUUACAUUCCCAUAUCUUAGCACAUACCUAUGUUUGUCACUGUCGUUACAUUCCCAUAUCUUAGCACGUACCUAUGUAUGUUGCUGUCUUUACAUUCCCAUAUUGUCACGUCUAUCUUCACUUACAGUGCACACAGAUCACACAAUGCUAAUUACUAACUAUAUAUCUAUCAACAACAGAGGCGUUGUAGAUUUCAGUGAAAGAUAGUGACUAUCAUUUAUUUUUAAUACACACUCACGAAUAAGCAAUUAUAAUCACAAAUAGAGAAUACUUAUCACAAUCAUAACCUAUUCAUUAUCUUAUCAACUAAUUAAUAUAUUAAUAGCAUGGACUUAUACUUAUAACAACCGCCAUCAUUUCAUUCUCUCUUCUCUUCUGUGAUUGGUCCGUCUUCCCAAGUUCCAUACUUUAUAAAUUAUAAAUCCUAAUUUUCACCUCUCUUAACUCCUUUAACUCAACUUAUCUCUGUGACACAUAUCUUAGCACAUACCUAUGUUUGUCACUGUCGUUACAUUCCCAUAUCUUAGCAUGUACCUAUGUAUGUCGCUGUCGUUACAUUCCCAUAUCUUAUCACGUACCUAUGUUUGUCACUGUCUUUACAUUCCCAUAUCUUAGCACAUACUUAUGUAUCUCACUGUCGCUACAUUCCCAUAUCUUAUCACAGCCCUGUGUUUGUCAUUGUUGGAUGGUGGCAGUCACAACAUGUUUUUAUUAGUUAAAAGUAAAAUACUUUGGACAUUUUGUUUUGAAAACUGGUUUCUGCAUGGAGGAAAAAUGUUUUAAUAGUAAAGAACUAUUGAACAAAAAUAUUGGCUCAAAGGAUUAAAGAAUUAUGUUAAAGCACAGCAAUAAUAUUUAACAAACUAUCGACACAAUAUUUGACUUACUUUGCGACAUCUAUUUUAAUCUCUUGGAACUAGUCCACAAUAUUCGCAGUUUGUGAUCAGCUUAGAAGGCCGGUCCCGUAGAGGGCGUUCGUCUUGUCCACUCCUGAAAAGAUUUACUUCUGGCUUCCAUCAUGAUCCUACUGUUUUCUUGACCACGUCUUGGGAAUGUUGCAUCUCGGCAGUCAAUGCGCUUGGCCAGCUCCAAAUUCAUAGUAAUACAUAAAAUUGACUCAGUUGUUUUCACCACGUCACUUGAAUUAUCUUGACCGUUAGUCAGUUCUUAUCACUUAUUAACAUCUGUUGUCAAUCUUUGUGGGAAUGGUCCUUGCACGAAGGCUCGCAAUGUUGAAUUGCCGACCUUCAGACCUGAUAUAGACAUACAUUUUGUCUUCAUAAUCUCUAAAAGCUACCUAAUGGGCAUUAUAUAUUAACCAGUACUUCUUCAAAAUGUGUCUCUCAACGGAGAAAAAGCUGGGUACAACCUUGCCUCGCCAUAUAGUCAGCUCUAUCUUUUUGUGGGUUAUUUCGAGUCUCCAGGGAUCCACUGAAUGACCACUUUGUUUUCAUGUCACGUGUAUGUCUCGUAUGAGCCCAUAUUGGCUCCAUAUACGUUUCAAAUGUAUGAAAUUUGGCUGCAUUUUUUCUUACUUUUUGGGAUUCGACUGCUUAUCCCUGUGCGGGACUAAAUGAGGUGGGAAGAAGUCAUCGGGUCGUGAUCUCUAUUGAAUCAUAUGCAAUUUUCCCCAGUUUCAUGCUAGGUAGGCUACUCUCCCAUAAGUAGACUGCAUCCAUAAAGGAAGGACUUUAAGUCUAGUCCUCUUUGCGCAGUGAUUUUGAAAAAGGGUUUGGUCUUUCCAUUCGACAGUAACGCUCCACUGGUCGUUAAGAUGGCUUUGUCCCUCUUGAUGUUGAGUGGCUCCACUGGUCGUUAAGAUGGCUUUGUCCCUCUCGAUGUUGAGUGGCUCUAUUGGUCAUUAAGAUGGCUUUGUCCCUCCUGAUGUUGAGUGGCUCUAUUGGUCGUUAAGAUGGCUUCGUCCCUCUUGAUGUUGAUUGGCUCCACUGGUCGUUAAAAUGGCUUUGUCCCUCUUAAUGGUUAGUGGCUCGACUGGUCGUUAAGAUGGCUUUGUCCAUCUCGAUGUUGAGUGGCUCUAUUGGUCCUUAAGAUGGCUUUGUCCCUCCUGAUGUUGAGUGGCUCUUUUGGUCGUUGAGAUAGCUUUGUCCCUCUUGAUGUUGAGUGGCUCCACUGGUCGUUAAGAUGGCUUUGUCUUUCCUGAUGUUGAGUUGCUCCACUGGUCGUUAAGAUGGCUUUGUCCCUCCUGAUGGUGAGUGGCUCCACUGGUCGUUAAGAUGGCUUUGUCCCUUCUGAUGUUGAGUGGCUCCACUGGUCGUUAAGAUGGCUUUGUCCUUCUUGAAGUUGAGUGGCUCCACUGGUCGUCUAGAUGGUCUUGUAGCUCAUGAUGUUGAGUGGCUCCACUGGUGGUUAAGAUGGCUUUGUCCCUCUUGAUGUAGAGUUGCUCCAAUGGUCGUUAAGAUUGCUUCGUCCCUCCUGAUGUUGAGUGGCUCCAUUGGUCGUUACGAUGGCUUUGUCCCUCCUGAUGUUGAGUGGCUCCACUGGUCGUUAAGAUGGCUUUGUCCCUCCUGAUGUUGAGUGGCUCCACUGGUUGUUAAGAUUGCUUCGUCCCUCCUGAUGUUAAGUGGCUCCACUGGUCGUUAAGAUGGCUUUGUUCCUCCUGAUGUUGAGUGGCUCCACUGGUCGUUAAGAUGGCUUUGUCCCUUCUGAUGUUGAGUGGCUCCACUGGUCGUUAAGAUGGCUUUGUCCCUCUUGAUGUUGAGUGGCUCCACUGGUCGUCUAGAUGGUCUUGUAGCUCAUGAUGUUGAUUGGCUCCACUGGUGGUUAAGAUGGCUUUGUCCCUCUUGAUGUAGAGUUGUUCUAAUGGUCGUUAAGAUAGCUUUGUCCCUCCUGAUGUUGAGUGGCUCCAUUGGUCGUUAAGAUGUCUUUGUCCCUCCUGAUGUUGAGUGGUUCCACUGGCCGUUAAGAUGGCUUUGUCCCUCCUGAUGUUGAGUGGCUCCACUGGUCAUUUAGAUGGCUUUGUCCCUCUUGAUGGUGAGUGGCUCCACUGGUCGUUAAGAUGGCUUUGUCUCUCUUGAUGCUGAGGGGAUGCACUGGUCGUUAAGGUUGCUUUGUCCCUCUGAUGUUGAGUUGCUCCACUGCUCGUUAAUAUGACUUUGUCCCUCCUGAUGUUGAGUGGUUCCGAUGCUCAUUAAUAUUACUUUGUCCCUCCUGAUUUUGAGUGGCUCCACUGGUCGUUUAGAUGGAUUUGUCCUUCUUGACGUUGAGUGGCUCUAUCGGUCGUUAAGAUUGCAUCGUCCCUCUUGAUGUUGAGUGGCUCCACUGGACAUUAACAUUGCUUUGUACCUCCCGAUGUUGAGUGGCUCUAUUGGUCAUUAAGAUGGCUUUGUCCCUCCUGGUGUUUCGUGGCUCAAAUGGUCGUUAAGAUGGCUUUGUCCCUCUUGAUGUUGAGUGGCUCCAAUGGUCAUUAAGAUGGCUUUGUCCUUCCUGAUGUUUCGUGGCUCAAAUGGUCGUUAAGAUGGCUUUGUCCCUCUUGAUGUUGAGUGGCUCCAAUGGUCGUUAAGAUGGCUUUGUCCCUCCUGAUGUUUCGUGGCUCAAAUUGUCGUUAAGAUGGCUUUGUCCCUCCUGAUGUUGAGAUGCUCGACUGAUCGAUUACAUGGCUUUGUCCCUCCUGAUGUUGAAUGGCUCCACUGGUCAUUAAGAUGGCUUUGUACCUCCUGAUGUUGAGUGGCUCCACUGCUCGUUAAAAUGAUUUUGUCCCUCCUGAUUUCGAGUGGCUCCACUGGUCGUUUAGAUGGCUUUGUCCUUCUUAAUGUUAGUGGCUCCACUAGACUUUAGAUGGCCUUGUCCAUCCUGAUGUUAAUUGUGGCUCCACUGGUCGUUUAAGUGGCUUUGUCCCUCUUGAUAUUGAGUGGCUCCACUGGCCGUUUAGAUAUGUUUGUACCACUUAAUGUUGAUUGGCUCCACUGGUCGUUAAGCUGGCUUUGUCCCUCUUGAUAUUGAGUGGCUCCACUGGUCGUUUAGAUGUCUUUGUCCCUCUCAAUAUUGAGUGGCUGCACUUGUUGUUAAGGUGGUUUUGUCCCUCCUGAUGUUGAUUGGCUCCACUGCUCGUUAAUAUGACUUUGUCCCUCCUGAUUUUGAGUUGCUCUACUGGUCGUUUAGAUGGCUUUGUCUUUCUUAAUGUUGAGUGGCUACACUGGACUUUAGAUGGCUUUGUACCUCCUGAUGUUAAGUGUCUCUCCACUGGUCGUUUAGGUGGCUUUUUCCCUCUUGAUAUUGAGUGGCUCCACUGGUCGUUUAGAUAACUUUGUACCACUUAAUGUUGAUUGGCUCCACUGGUCGUUAAGAUUGUUUUGUCCCUCUUGAUGUUGAGUGGCUCCACUGGUCGUUAAGAUCGCUUUGUCCCUCCUGAUGUUGAUUGGCUCCACUGGUGGUUAAGAUGGCUUUGUCCCUCUUGAUGUAGCGUUGCUCCAAUGGUCGUUAAGGUGGCUUUGUCUCUCUUGAUGUUGAGUGGCUCCACUGAUCAUUUAGAUGGCUUUGUCCCUCUUGAUGUUGAGUGGUUCUACGUCUGACGAAUUUACACAGCUGACGUGAGUGUGGCACCCAACGUCCCACAUACGGCCCUUACAGCUAGGUUCUAUAUCCGGUUCAGUCCAUUUAGGUUCGUUUGGCUUGCAAAGGCCUUGAUCGGGAGGCUUUAGUCCACUACUCCUCUCACAUUCCUGAGAUAUAACGUACUUAGGAGGCUUGCAUCAGCACCGUUCAGUCCUAGCCGGUUUCUUUACCUGACUGAUUUUAGACCUGGCACGAGCGAUUAUUUAUCUGAUGUUUCUGGUCAAGCUUAACUCCCAGAUAAGCAGUUGUUUUUUUAAAUUCUACUUUAGAGUCUGUCCUUCCGUUCGCCAGGUUGAGGUUUUCACAUGUAUUCUCCCUCUAGACUUUUUCGCUUUGAGGAUUUCUGCAAGCUCUUUGGCCUUAAGUAGUUGGACGCUCCUCAGUGUGAAGGUGUUUUCUUUCUGGCCACCUUCUUUCGUUCGUUUGCUCUCUCCUCUACGAGCACCUGUAGAUUUUUGUUCCAAUAAAUUCUCGAAAUUACUCUUCUUGCCUCCUCGAGAAUCUUGGCUAUAAAGAGUUUAUAUUAAACAUGUCGUCUGGUAUUUUGGCAUGGACUGCCGCUAGAGCUUUGGUCUUUGUUUUGAUUCUAAGCGAGUUCGUAUUCAGAAACUGACAGUUUCUUUUAAGUAAACUUGCCUUGGUGCUAGUUUGCAAAAUUCUUGGGAGUAUAGUAUUGUCGUUGAUGCAGAUCUGCUUUAGGCCAACAAGACUAAGUUUAGUCCGCUGGAAUUAGCGUCAAAUAUAACCGGGACUCCAUACUAUGUGCCCCCCCCCACUAUGAAGUUAUGUGGCUACACUUUUUUCGACUUGAAGCAGGAGGAGGAGGAGGAGGAGGAGGAGGUCUAAAUCGAGGCAAAAUCCUCAACGCUGGCAUGCAGACGCUUUACAUUCAUGUAUAGCCCCAGUCACGUGAUUGGGCGAUUAAAAUCACCCGCCAGUACUGUCCUUUGAAAUCAAUAUUAUCACCGAGAGGUAAGCUGAUAGGAUUACUCGGUUUACUCUAUACCUUUAUAAUCACAAUAGAUUGUUUUUUUUUUGUUCUUUUUGUGUUCACUCGAAUGGUGAUGGUUUGUGCACCUUGGAAUUAGUUAACCUCAAGCAUUUCUAUCUGGAGCUCAUUUUUUCCGCAAUGGCCAGACCUCUGCAUUGUUUAGAUUAGGAGUAGUACAGCUUGUGUCCACGUCCAAUUUGUGGAACAGCCUGGUGGUUUCCGCUUCCCUUUGUCUCACGUUCAGUAGUACUAUUGAUGGGUAAGGUGGGUGCCCAUUACCACCACACAUUUCCUGCCCUGUCAUUUUAUCACACGUCAACUUGACCCCCGACAAUGACGUAAGAGGGGAUUGGAUCCCCAACACAGGAACAGUUGUCUUGUCCAUCUUUCCAACCCAGGAACACUUAAUCGUGUCCAUCUUAGCCCGUCCAACGAAGAAGGCACUGACUGAGUUGCCACCUCCAAUAAAGGUUGUAUAAUCGUACUUGCCAUCGUGCUAAGAGUCUGGGAAGUCCUGCUUCCACCCAUUAGGAAUUAGGUGUUGCGUCGCCUCAUCCCUUCUCCAAAGAAGUCCUUCUGUAGGACAUUUCGCAUAGCAUGCCGGUUUCGUUUAGCCUUUUAUUGGCUGAUUCCACGAUACUGUUCCACUGCGCCACGUAGAGGCAAAACCCAUCCACAAUCUAGGCCAACUAGAAACUUCCGGCAUAGUAUAUUCUUUUAUUAAGAAACACUGCUAUUUAAGUAAGCUAAAGACAUCACCUCCAUUUUAGUUUCUUGUAUAAAACAUUCUAUUAAGACCUAAUAAUUACAUCAAAUAUUUAUAUUUACUAUGUAGGCUUAAUUUUAGAUAUAAUAUUUAUUACAUACCAUUUAGACCUAAUAUUUAGACGUACGAGUUAGACCAUCUAUGUAUAUAUACCACUUACACAUAAUAUUUAGAUUUCUAAGUAUACAUACACUUUUGAAAAAAUGUACUAUUUAGGCAAAAUAGUUAGAUCUACUCCUUAGACAUACUUUUUAGGCCUACUUAUUAGACCAACUAUUUAAACCUACCACUUUGACCAUGUAUUGACUGUUUCCUUAAAGACUCAACCACAUUUUGAUGGGAGUGCUAUACUUACUUAAAGCUAAACAAUUUAAAUAUCGACGGAUUGAAUUCUGCUUUUAAGCUAGGACCAAGGUGUUUAAUUAUUACAAUUUGAACAAAUGGCCAAUUUGGAAUAUAAGGUUUGGGUUUCAAGUUGCUCAUUUAGUUUUUGAAAAUUAAUUUUUUUUGUUGCUUUGAUUGAGAGUUGAGAUCACAAUUGAUUAGUUUCUUUGUUGUUGUUUUUUUUAUUUUGAUUGUUGCCUUGUAGCACACGAGAGAAUCAUGUUGACAGGGGCCACACUCAUGAUGCUGUUGCUGUCAGUCGCCGGUCAGGACAAUCACGGCUGUAACUUUAUUUCUAAAUUGAAGUGCUUCAGAAUUUUUCCCCAACAAAGUUUCCAUAAGAUCUGCCCGCCAGGUUUCCUGGUAGCCGCUUAUCAACUCUUUCAAUACCCCGAAUACAAGGAAAUAAAGGGCAAGGUCACCGUGAUCACGUGUCUUUCUUCUGGCAAAAGCGAGGACUGUAGAAUGAGCGGUAAGUCAUUUCAUUAUUAAAUUAGCGGAAUAUCAUUUAAUCAAUGCAGGACUGGUUAAUCAUUUAAUGAAUUGCAAGUAAUUUAAUCUUUCAGCGAGAUGUAAGUCAUUUAAUCUUUCAGCGAGAAGUAAGUCAUUUAAUCACUGAACGAGCGGUAAUUCAUGAAACCAUUAAAAGAUCAGUGGGGCAUUUAAUCAUUAAAUAAUCAUUAAUUCAUUUAAUCACUGAAUGAAUGGUAGUUAUUUAAUCAUUGAAACAUCGUUUAGUCAUUUAAUUUUUGAAUUUAUCAGUAAAUAUUUAAUCAUACAACAAGCGGUAACCCAUUUAAUCAUAUAAUGAGCGGUAAAGCCAUUAAUCAUACAUUAUGUUGUAAGUCAUUUAGUCAUUGAAAGAGCGAUAAAUCAUUUAAUCAUUGAAAGAGAAGAAAGUCAUUUCAUCAUGGAAUUAGGGGUAAAUCAUUCAAACCAAUAAAUGAGUGGAAAGUUAUUUAAUCAUUCAAUGAUCGGUAAGUAAUUUAAUAUUUGAAUUAGUGAUUAGUUAUUUAAUCAUUAAGUGAUAAUUAAGUCAUUUAAUCAUUCAAUGAGUGAUAAGUCAUUUUAUCAUUAAAGAAGCAGUAAUUCUUUUAAUCAUUGAAUCAAUGGUAAGUCAUUUAAUCAUUCAAGAAUCGGUAAGUAAUUUAAUCAUUUAAAGAGCAUUAAGUUAUUUAAUCAUUCUACAAGCUAUUAUAUAAUAGACAUAUUCUUGUGUGGGUACUGAGAUUAUUAAUCCGGCUAGGACAUUUGCUACCAGCUCCAUCUGUUGGGCUGAGCAAUGUAACAUUUUCCUCACGUAGACUUUCCCACCGCCCUUACUUUCCGGAAAAUAUAUAUUGAGGGGCAUUCGGUCAAUAGUUACGCUAGUGUCUCCAGGACCAGGCUGCAAUGCCUGCUAGUAUGGUCACGGUUGUAAUCUAGCUUUUAGAAAUAUGCACCCAUGGGACACUGCCCUUUGCGCAUCUGCGUCACUAGAUGCUUUCAACCUAACCCCCACCAGGGAUCCUUUAUGCUAGGAGGAAGCAAUUCAGCGUAACCGCCCCUGGUGGUGGUGUUCUCUGCCCAUUGUCUGUGACAGUUUGUCGUCCAGUCAGUUUUUGAUUCCUGUUAAAGACUUGAAUGUAUAGUGUGAUGGCGUGUUUUUCUGUGUUUUUUUUUGGAGAGUAUUUGGGUAGAUAUUGUUAUUAAAUGUUUGAUAUUUUUGUGACGUAUUGAACGAAAGGAAAAUGACGUUUUAGUGUGUUGUAGUGUCUUUCUUGGAGUUAGCAGUUGAGAUUUAAUGAAUAAACGUUUCUUAUUUUAAUAUUUAAUGAUCAAUUGUUUGUGAAGUGGAGAAAUUAAACCCCUAGACAGAACAAAGCCAUCGAACCUUUGGGAAGAAUCAGGCUCUUAAUAAUUCCCACUUAAGUUGCUAGUACAGAAGGCUGAUGCUGGGAAGUCCCGGUCUCUGCCAGAGAAUCUGCCUUUUAAUUGCCACUGACGUUAUGCCAUCUGUACCUCUCGAUAGUACUUAAAAUUGCCUUCUUAUUUCUAAUGGUUCUCUAGCCAAGACCUCUACAGCAGCUGUGGGUGCCAAGACCUCUACAGCAGCUGUGGGUGCCAAGACCUCUACAGCAGCUGUGGAUGCCAAGACCUCUACAGCAGCUGUGGGUGCCAAGACCUCUACAGCAGCUGUGGGUGCCAAGACCUCUACAGCAGCUGUGGGUGCCAAGACCUCUACAGCAGCUGUGGGUGCCAAGACCUCUACAGCAGCUGUGGGUGUCAAGACCUCUACAGCAGCUGUGGGUGUCAAGACCUCUACAGCAGCUGUGGGUUUCAUUCUGAAUGCAUCACAGAUACAUUUGAAAAUCUUGUUCUGGAUUCGGAUCAUUUUUUCCAGAGCGGUCUUGCUUACAAAGGAUUGGAAUGGCAUGAUAUAAUCCAUGACUGACCUUACAAGGGCCUUGAAAUAGAGCUCUAAGUCUACUUCCUCCUGCUUUUGCAAGCUAGGGGUCACAAACCGGGAUCCAACUCUCGAAAGUACCGGGAUAUUGGACUGUAACGGAUGCUUGUAAAUACCGGGAUUGGAUCCAUGAGCCCAGGGAUUUUCGCAUCUUCCAGUAUUUCCUUGUCAAAAAUAUAUAUCGCUUUUCUUUGUUUUGAUGUCGUUGUUAAAGUAAGACAUAACACAUAUAUGUAUGUGAUGUGCGAUGUGCGAUGUGCGAACACCUGACGGCACGUGUCUCAAGUUCAAAUACAGACGACCGACGGACAAGAUAUGUGUACUGUGUUUCAUUGGUAAAGAAGCAGAGCGUUCUGAUGAGUUUUUUUUAAAUAUUUUUUUUAUAUCGUGCGUGUAUAAGUGUAUAAACAUAGCUUGUACGUGGAGACGUAAAGCACCGAAUCCUAAAUAUGAAAAAUACAUGAAACUAAUGGAAACAAAGACAUCAUAUUUAUAUCAUUUCUUGAAACCUACUGACAAUCUUUCAGUCUUAUAUAUUCUAGUGUCUAUGGUUAUUUCCUUUUUAUUUUACUUUAGCAGUUUAAAUAGUUUACAUAUUUUUAAUAAUUUUAAAGCGCUUAGAGCUGUAAGGUAAGCGCUAUAAAAAAAUACCUAAAUAAAUAAAUACAUAAAUACAUUCGAUGUAACAAUACACUUAUUAUACUGUCUUGAAAGAUAACGCCGGUGUCGGUUCCGGUACUCAAAGAGCAUCGUAUUCUAUGGCACCUUGUUCAACAUCGAUUUCCAUGGCGUCUUGUUCAGCAUCGAUUUCUAUGGCAUCUUGUUCUAAAUUGACGCUGACACAGAAGAAAAAAUCAAGAAAAAAACACAUUAAAGGACAAUUUUUAAGUUCAAGCAGUAUAGCCUAAACAAUUUCUAGUAUGAAAGCUUUAGGUGUUCCUCCAUUCAGUUUGCUCAUUGCUUUUAAUGAUUUAAUACGAACCAUGAAGCAAUGUGGCAACCAUUUGCCUGCACCCUCUAAUUCAAUUAAAAACAUGGCGAUAAAGUUUGAUUAAUAAACUUCGUAAGUUGAAAACAGAAAGUAUUUAACUGUAUCUGACACUGGAUGAAUGGAAGAGUUUAGCUGUGUCUGACACUGGAUGAAUGGAAGAGUUUAAUUGUCUCUGACAAUGGAUGAAUGGAAGAGUUGAGCUGUCUCUGACACUGGAUGAAUGGAAGAGUUGAGCUGUCUCUGACACUGGAUGAAUGGAAGAGUUGAUCUGUCUCUGACACUGGAUGAAUGGAAGAGUUUAGCUGUCUCUGACACUGGAUGAAUGGAAAAGUUGAGCUGUCUCUGGCACUGGAUGAAUGGAAGAGUUGAGCUGUCUCUGACACUGGAUGAAUGGAAGAGUUGAGCUGUCUCUGACACUGUAUGAAUGGAAGAGUUGAGCUGUCUCUGACACUGGAUGAAUGGAAGAGUUGAGCUGUCUCUGACACUGGAUGAAUGGAAGAGUUGAGCUGUCUCUAACACUGGAUAAAUGGAAGAGUUGAGCUGUCUCUAACACUGGAUGAAUGGAAGAGUUGAGCUUUCUCUGACACUUGAUGAAUGGAAGAGUUGAGCUGUCUCUGACACUGUAUGAAUGGAUUAGUUUAGCUGUCUCUGACACUGGAUGAAUGGAAGAGUUGAGCUGUCUCUAACACUGGAUAAAUGGAAGAGUUGAGCUGUCUCUAACACUGGAUGAAUGGAAGAGUUGAGCUUUCUCUGACACUGGAUGAAUGGAAGAGUUGAGCUGUCUCUGACACUGGAUGAAUGGAUUAGUUUAGCUGUCUGUGACACUGGAUGAAUGGAAGAGUUUAGCUGUCUCUGAAACUGGAUGAAUGGAAGAGUUGAGCUGUCUCUGACACUGGAUGAAUGGAAGUGUUUAGCUGUUUCUGAAACUGGAUGAAUGGAAGAGUUGAGCUGUCUCUGACACUGGAUGAAUGGAAGAGUUGAGCUGUCUCUGACACUGGAUGAAUGGAAGUGUUUAGCUGUUUCUGACACUGGAUGAAUGGAAGAGUUGAGCUGUCUCUGACACUGGAUGAAUGGAAGAGUUUGGAAAAUCUUUAUUUGAUAAAAGUGAACAUUCAUAGUCCUGUGUUAACCAAUCUUGGCCUGGUAAGGGUGAUUUGCAGCAUAUCGGCCAGGGCCUGGUCAGGGUGAUUGGCAGCAUGCCGGCCAGGGCCUGGUCAGGGUGAUUGACAGCAUGUCGACCAGGGCCUGGUAAGGGUGAUUGGCAUCAUGCCAGCCAUGCCUGGUAAGGGUGAUUGACAGCAUAUCGGCCAGAACAUAUUGACAUUUGUUGAAAAAAGACAGGCUAUCCACUUUUGAUAUAUCAUUGAAAGAUGAUAACGUCUGCAUAGCUACUGAAGUUUUCAGUGUGAUGACCAAAUUAGGACGUGAAGCAGCGCGAACUUGGUGCCUCCCUGAAGCGCCAGAUUGAAGAGUGCAGAUUUUUGGUAGCUUCAACAUUGAAACACUUCAUUACUCUAAGACGUACUGUGAUUCGUAAAAUAACUAUGUGUACGUAGUUCCAAGACCCGGUUGCGACCAGAUGUGAAAACAAAUUGUGGACAUACAAAAGCUUGGUCAAACAGCGCUUGUCUAUUUGGAAAUUUUUAUUGACAAAGAGAAUGAAUAUCUUGGAUUUAAGCAUGACGCACCUGAAGAUACACUGUCUCUAAAGAGGCAAAUUUAAAUUGAAAUACAAAAGAAACUCCAGCUGGGAAUAAUACUUCCAGACCAAAAAACGGAGACAAUGAUACAUUGGUCAAAAUAGAGAUGGCUUUAUUUAAAUUUGUCGGUUCAAAAGGAAAAUAUCUAGACUUGCGUAAAAAAAAGUUUAUUCCUCCAACCAGUGUGCAGUCUGAGCGUGUGUUCUCCUCUUCAGUUUUCUUUUGUCGCCAUUCCCUGUCAAAAUCAAACUGUCAAAAUCAAAUCAUUGACAUUUUGUCAUUUCUACCAUCUCAUUAUUUAAAUUUGACCAAAUAUUAAAACAAAACAAUUUUUUUUUUUUUAAAUUUGUUUAAUCAACGUUUUAAUUGAAAUAGCUCAGAAUGCUCAAGUUAUAUUUCCGUGUUAGUGUUAAAAGCUUAGUAAACCUCAAAAUGUGAGAUUUUAUCUGUAUGUAUUUAGUUCAUUUACAAAUCGUUAUCUAGGACCUCAUUGAAAAAAUAUCUGUAUAUUGAAAGUAUAGAAAAUAUUGUGAUUCCGGUAUCGUAAAACUUCAAUAUCGAAAAUAACGGUUUUGGUGAAAGCGACCCAUAUUGCGACCUCUGGUGCAAGCCACAUUUUUUUUUACAAAGUUGAGCUUUACGGUUGACACCGAGCAGAGGUCUUGAACAAAAUUAUAUAUUUGCAACUUUGAUCGAAUUUGACCCAAGGGGUAAACCUUUUGCUUGCCCCAUUCAACGAGCUUAAUCGAAUAAUAAUUGGCUAAAACAUGACUGGCAUAAUGAUGUUAAUGAAACAAUGGUUUGAUCUUAAUGGAAUGACAGUUCCCUAUAACAUGACUGUCAUAAACAUAUUAAUUUAAUAACAGUAGGCUAAGACACUUUUAUUUUCACUUCUUCUGCUCGAAGCGGGAACGCUCUCAUGAUGCAUAUCGUUUGGCAAGGCUGCUCAUUUGGACAUUUCAUUGACACUUUAUAUUGCAGGUGCGUUAAAAUAAAUGUUCCUAAAAUUCUCUUUCGGGCCUGAAAUAAUUGUAUUCAGGGCCGGAUGUGGCCCGCGGUACUUGAGUUUGACACAUAUGAUCUAAAUAGAAUAACAAAUGGCUAACACAUGACUGGCAUAGUGAUCUUGAUGGAAUAACAAUGGGCUAAAACAUGACCGGCAUGGUGAUCUUGAUGGAAUAAAAAUGGGCUAAAACAUGACUGGCCUGAUGAUCUAAGUCACGGCAGUAAAAUUGAAUCGCUCAGUGUAAGGUUGAGGGUCUGUAACAACAUCGUAAUAAUAACUUUGUUUGUUACUUGUAGCAAAAUGUCCAUGAUUACUUAAAAUCACGAGGCCAGAACUUCAUGAAGUCGCAGCACACAGUUUAUUAAUGGAAAAUAAAAAUACACAGCAUGAAAUAAUAUCUCUAGAAAUGAGAGAAAACGUAGUUGUCAUAUUUAGAGAAAACAUAGUUGUCAUAAUGAGAGAAAACGUAGUUGUCAUAAUGAGAGAAAACGUAGUUGUCAUAUUUAGAGAAAAAGUAGUUUUCAUAAUGAGAGAAAACGUAGUUGUCAUAAUGAGAGAAAACGUAGUUUUCAUAAUGAGAUAAAACGUAGUUGUCAUAUUUAGAGUUAAAGUAGUGGUCAUAAUGAGAGAAAACGUAGUUGUCAUAUUUAGAGAAAACGUAGUUGUCAUAUUUAGAGUUAAAGUAGUGGUCAUAAUGAGAGAAAACGUAGUUGUCAUAUUUAAAGAAAACGUAGUUGUCAUAUUUAGAGAAGACGUAGUUGUCAUAUUUAGAGAAAACGUAGUUGUCAUAAUGAGAGAAAACGUAGUUGUCAUAAUGAGAGAAAACGUAGUUGUCAUAAUGAGAGAAAACGUAGUUGUCAUAUUUAGAGAAAAAGUAGUUUUCAUAAUGAGAGAAAACGUAGUUGUCAUAAUUAGAGAAAACGUAGUUUUCAUAAUGAGAGAAAACGUAGUUUUCAUAUUUAGAGAAAAAGUAGUUUUCAUAUUUAGAGAAAACGUAGUUGUCAUAUUUAGAGUUAAAGUAGUGGUCAUAAUGAGAGAAAACGUAGUUGUCAUAUUUAAAGAAAACGUAGUUGUCAUAUUUAGAGAAAACGUAGUUGUCAUAAUGAGAGAAAACGUAGUUGUCAUAUUUAGAGAAAACGUAGUUGUCAUAAUGAGAGAAAACGUAGUUGUCAUAAUGAGAGAAAACGUAGUUGUCAUAUUUAGAGAAAAAGUAGUUUUCAUAAUGAGAGAAAACGUAGUUGUCAUAAUGAGAGAAAACGUAGUUUUCAUAAUGAUAGAAAACGUAGUUUUCAUAUUUAGAGAAAACGUAGUUUUCAUAUUUAGAGAAAACGUAGUUGUCAUAUUUAAAGAAAACGUAGUUGUCAUAUUUAGAGAAGACGUAGUUGUCAUAUUUAGAGAAAACGUAGUUGUCAUAAUGAGAGAAAACGUAGUUGUCAUAUUUAGAGAAAACAUAGUUUUCAUAUUUAGAGAAAACGUAGUUGUCAUAUUUAGAGUUAAAGUAGUGGUCAUAAUGAGAGAAAACGUAGUUGUCAUAUUUAAAGAAAACGUAGUUGUCAUAUUUAGAGAAGACGUAGUUGUCAUAUAACGUUUUCAACUAAGAUCAGUUGAGUCAACAUGGAAAUGGUGUUUGAUAUACAAGAGCCAAUAAUGAAAAUACACAGACUGCCAUUUAUAAGUCGUUCACUUGCUUCUCUGCGCAUGACAUAACAUAUAUAAUUAACUUCCUGUUCACCUAAACUUAAAAAAAACAAUACAGUAUCCGAAACAAAAUUAUGAUCUCAAUAUUUGACUGGUGACAGGGCCGAACAUGAAUAUCAAUAAAACAUAGAAAGAUUUGAAUAAUAAAAACAAAAAAAAAGUAAUAUUCUGUGUCAUUGAGACUCUCAUGAUGGACUGCAAGUUAUCAUUAGUAAGAAGAAUCCUGUGGGAUGUUGUGUUAAUUUCCAUCACAGAAAAAAGGGUUCUCACACAGAUAUGUGUUACAAACCAUGCGAAAGGUUCGAGCCGCAUCUAGAAGAAACAUGAGGAUUGUUUGCAGGAAUGAAUCGAGUGAAAUGUGCAGGCCACACAGUGACGUACUUUGGCUUCAGUGUCACAUUACACGGCAGCUCUAUUAGCUCCAUCUGAAAAUUAAAAAGUGUAGUUUCUACCGAUAUGACUAAUGGGUUAGUGUAACGACGAACAUCUAAUAACUUCACAACUUUUAUUUUCACUUCUUCUGCUCGAAGCGGGAAAGCUCUCAUGAUGCUUAUCGUUUGGCCAGGCUGCUAAUUAGGACAUUUCAUUGACACUUUAUAUUGCAGGGGCGUUAAAAUAAGUUUACCUUAAUUUCAAUUUCGGGCCUGAAAUAAUUGUAUCCAGGGCCGGAUGUGGCCCGCGGAACUUGAGUUUGACACAUAUGAUCUAAAUAGAAUAACGAAUGGCUAAAGCAUGACUGGCAUGAUGAUCUUGAUGGAAUAACAAUGGCCUAACACAUGACUGUCAUGGUGAUCUUGAUGGAAUAACAAUGGGCUAAAACAUGACUGUCAUAGUGAUCUUGAUGGAAUAACAAUGGGCUAAAACAUGACUAGCAUAGUGAUUUUGAUUGAAUAACAAUGGGCUAAAACAUGACUGGCAUAGUGAUCUUGAUGGAAUUAAAAUGGGCUAAAACAUGACUGGCAUAGUGAUCUUGAUGGAAUAACAAUGGGCUAAAACAUGACUGGCAUAGUGAUCUUGAUGGAAUAACAAUGGGCUAAAACAUGACUAGCAUAGUGAUUUUGAUGGAAUAACAAUGGGCUAAAACAUGACUGGCAUAGUGAUCUUGAUGGAAUUACAAUGGGCUAAAACAUGACUGGCAUAGUGAUCUUGAUGGAAUAACAAUGGGCUAAAACAUGACUGGCAUAGUGAUCUUGAUGGAAUAACAAUGGGCUAAAACAUGACUAGCAUAGUGAUUUUGAUUGAAUAACAAUGGGCUAAAACAUGACUGGCAUAGUGAUCUUGAUGGAAUUAAAAUGGGCUAAAACAUGACUGGCAUAGUGAUCUUGAUGGAAUAACAAUGGGCUAAAACAUGACUGGCAUAGUGAUCUUGAUGGAAUAACAAUGGGCUAAAACAUGACUGGCAUAGUGAUCUUGAUGGAAUAACAAUGGGCUAAAACAUGACUGGCAUAGUGAUCUUGAUGGAAUAACAAUGGGCUAAAACAUGACUUGCAUAGUGAUUUUGAUGGAAUAAUAAUGGGCUAAAACAUGACUGGCAUAGUGAUCUUGAUGGAAUAACAAUGGGCUAAAACAUGACUGGGAUAGUAGUCUAGGUUGCUGUCCGUCUUCAAUGUCACCAUGAUCUACAUAGUCUUCUUAUUGACACUUUAAUCUACAAUGAUCCAAUGAGUCAACUUAUUGAGAACUUGAUCUGCAAUGUAUCCAAUGAGGCAAAUUACUAAGACCUUGAUAAACAAUGAAUCCAAUGAGCCAACUUACUGAGACCUUGAUCUACAAUGUAUCCAGUAAGUCAACUUACUAAGACUUUGAUCUACAAUGUAUCCAAUGAGUCAACUUAUUUGGAUCUUGAUCUACAAUGUAUCGAAUAAGUCUACUUAAUUAGACCUUGAUCUACAAUAUAAUCCAUGAGUCACCUGAAUGAGAUCUUGAUCAACUAUGAGUCCCAUGUGUCACUUUGUGUUGACCCCAAUUAGGUUUUGUUGAUUGUGAGGGAUUGAUUUAGCUUGUAAUGAACGACUCGUAAUAUCUAUCACUAAUGAAUACGACAAUGGUUACAUCAACCUACUAUGAUUUGGGAAUAUAUUUUCAACUAAUAAGACAUGGGCACAUAACUCCCACGACCAAGACAUUUAUACAUAACCCCAAAAACAUUAGUUAUUAGUUCCAACCACUAAUACAUAAGUACAUAACUCCAGCCACUAACACAUCGGCACAUAACUCCCACUACUAAACCAUGGGCACAUAACUCAAACUACUAAAACAUGGGCACAUAACUCCCACUACUAAGACAUGGGCACAUAACUCCGACUACGAAGACUUAAGUACAAAUCUCUCACAACUACUAAGACAUAUUAACAUAAAUCCCACUAAUAAGACAUGACCACAUCACUCCCGCUACUAAGACAUGGGCCCAUAACUUCCACUACUAAAACAUGGGCACAUAACUCCCACUACUAAAACAUGGGCAAAAACUCCCACUCCUAAGACAUGAGUGCAUUACUCCCACUACAAAGACAUGAGUACAUAUCUCCCAUUACUAAGACAUGUGUACUUAUCUCACACUACCUUGACAUGAGUACAUAUCUCACACUACUAAGACAUGAGUACUUAUCUCCCACUACUAAGACAGGAGUACAUAUCUCCCUCAACUAAGAAAUGAGUACAUAUCUCCCAUUAUUAAAACAUGCGUACUUAUCUCACACUACUAAGACAUGAGUACAUAUCUCACACUAUUAAAACAUGAGUACAUAUCUCCCACUAUUAAGGCAUGAGUACAUAUCUCCCACUACUAAGACACUAGUACAUAUCUCCCACUACUAAGAGAUGAGUACGUAUCUCUCACAACUACAAUAUGAGUAAAUAUCUCCACUACUAAGACAUGAUUACAUAUCACCCACUAUUAAGACAUGAGUACGUAUCUCCCACUACUAAGACAUGAUUACACAUCACCCACUAUUAAGACAUGAGUACGUAUCUCCCACUACUAAGACAUGAGUGCAUUACUCCCACUAACAAGCGGUGAGUGCAUUACUCCCACUACUAAGACAUGAGUACAUAUCUCCCACUACUAAGACAUGAGUAAAUAUAUCCCACUACUAAGACAUGAGUGAAUAUCUCCCACGACUAAGACAUAAGUACAUAUCUCCCACUACUAAGACAUGAGUACAUAUCACCUACUACUAUGACAUGGGCACAUAUCUGCCUUUAUUAAGACAUGAGUACAUAUCUCCCACUACUAAGACAUUAGUACAUAUCUCCCACUACUUAGACAUGAGUACAUAUCUCCCACUAAUAUGACAUAAGUACAUACCUCGCACUACUAAGACAUGAGUACUUAUCUCCCAAUACUAAGACAUGAGCACUUAUCUCCCAUUACUAGAACAUGAGUACAUAUCUCCCACUACUAAGACAUGAGUGCAUUACUUCCACUACUUGGACAUGAGUGGAUUACUCCUAAUACUAAGACAUGAGUGCAUUACUCCCACUACUAAGACAUGAGUAAAUAUCUCCCACUACUAAGACAUGAGUGAAUAUCUCCCACUACUAAGACAUGAGUACAUUUCUCCCAUUACUAAGUCAUGAGUACAUAUCUCCCACUACUAAGACAUGAGUACAUAUCUCCAACUAUUAAGACAUGAGUACAUAUCUCCCACUACUAAGACAUGAGUACAUAUCUCCCACUACUAAGACAUGAGUACAUAUGUCCCACUAUUAUUACAUGAGUACAUAUCUCCCACUACUAAGACAUGAGUAAUGUCUCCCACUAUUAAGACAUGAGUACAUAUCUCCCACUAUUAAAACAUGAGUACAUAUCUCCCACUACUAAGACAUGAGUACAUAUAUCCCACUAUUAAUACAUGAGUACAUAUCUCCCACUACUAAGACCUAGGUACAUAUCUCCCACUACUAAGACAUGAGUACAUAUCUCCCAAUAUUAAUACAUGAGUACAUAUCUCCCACUACUAAGACAUGAGUACAUAUCUCCCACUAUUAAUACAUGAAUACAUAUCUCCAACUACUAAGAAAUGAGUACAUAUCUCCCACUACUAAGAAAUGAGUACAUAUCUCCCACUAUUAAUACAUGAGUACAUAUCUCCCACUACUAAGACAUGAGUACAUAUCUCCCACUAUUACUACAUGGGUACAUAUCUCCCACUACUAAGACAUGAGUACAUAUCUACCAAUACGAAGACAUGAGGACUAGAUACCACGAUUACAGUAAAACUACUAAAACAUGAGGGCGUUUCUCGCACGAUUCCCGUCAUCCUUCUAUAAACAAAAUAGAAAUAUAUGCAAACAUAAAUCAACUCAAGUCUAAUGAUAAUGGGAUGUUUGUUAUUGUAAUACUUUCAAUCAACUCAAGUCUAAUGAUAAUGGGAUGUUUGUUAUUGUAAUACUUUAAAUCAACUAAAGUCUAAUGAUAAUGGAAUGUUUGUUAUUGUAAUACUUUAAAUCAACUCAAGUGUAAUGAUAAUGGGAUGUUUGUUAUUGUAAUACUUUAAAUCAACUCAAGUCUAAUGAUAAUGGAAUGUUUGUUAUUGUAAUACUUUCAAUCAACUCAAGUGUAAUGAUAAUGGGAUGUUUGUUAUUGUAAUACUUUUAAUCAACUCAAGUCUAAUGAUAAUGGGAUGUUUUUUAUUGUAAUACUCUCAAUCAACUCAAGUAUAAUGAUAGAGGGAUGUUUUUUAUUGUAAUAAUUUAAAUCAACUCAAGUGUAAUGAUAAUGGGAUGUUUUUUUAUUGUAAUACUUUAAAUCAACUCAAGUGUAAUGAUAAUGUGAUAUUUGUUAUUGUAACACUUUAAAUCAACUCAAGUGUAAUGAUAAUGGGAUGUUUGUUAUUGUAACACUUUAAAUCAACUCAAGUCUAAUGAUAAUGGGAUGUUGUUAUUGUAAUAAUUUAAAUCAACUCAAGUGUACUGAUAAUGGGAUGUUUUUUAUUGUAAUACUUUAAAUCAACUCAAGUCUAAUGAUAAUGGGAUGUUUGUUAUUGUAAUAAUUUAAAUCAACUCAAGUGUAAUGAUAAUGGAAUGUUUUUUAUUGUAACACUUUAAAUCAACUCAAGUCUAAUGAUAAUGGGAUGUUUGUUAUUGUAAUAAUUUAAAUCAACUCAAGUGUACUGAUAAUGGGAUGUUUUUUAUUGUAAUACUUUAAAUCAACUCAAGUCUAAUGAUAAUGGGAUGUUUGUUAUUGUAAUAAUUUAAAUCAACUCAAGUGUAAUGAUAAUGGAAUGUUUUUUAUUGUAAUACUUUAAAUCAUUUCAAGUCUAAUGAUAAUGGGAUGUUUGUUAUUGUAAUACUUUCAAUCAACUCAAGUGUAAUGAAAAUCUGAUAUUUGUUAUUGUAACAAUUUAAAUCAACUCAAGUCUAAUGAUAAUGGGAUGUUUGUUAUUGUAAUACUUUAAAUCAACUCAAGUGUAAUGAUAAUGGGAUGUUUGUUAUUGUAAUACUUUAAAUCAACUUAAGUCUUAUGAUAAUUGGAUGUUUGUUAUUGUAAUACUUUAAAUCAACUCAAGUGUAAUGAUAUUGGGAUGUUUGUUAUUGUAACACUUUAAAUAACUCAAGUCUAAUGAUAAUGGGAUGUUUGUUAUUGUAAUAAUUUAAAUCAACUCAAGUGUACUGAUAAUGGGAUGUUUUUUAUUGUAAUACUUAAAAUCAACUCAAGUCUAAUGAUAAUGGGAUGUUUGUUAUUGUAACACUUUAAAUCAACUCAAGUCUAAUGAUAAUGGGAUGUUUGUUAUUGUAAUACUUUAAAUCAACUCAAGUGUAAUUAUAAUGGGAUGUUUGUUAUUGUAAUAAUUUCAAUCAACUCAAGUCUUAUGAUAAUAGGAUGUUUGUUAUUGCAAUACUUUUAAUUAAAUCAAGUCUAAUAAUAAUGGGAUGUUUGUUAUUGUAAUACUUUAAAUCAACUCAAGUGUAAUGAUAAUGGGAUGUUUGUUAUUGUAAUAAUUUAAAUCAACUCAAGUCUAAUGAUAAUGGGAUGUUUGUUAUUGUAAUACUUUAAAUCAACUCAAGUGUAAUGAUAAUGGGAUGUUUGUUAUUGUAAUACUUUAAAUCAACUCAAGUCUAAUGAUAAUGGGAUGUUUGUUAUUGUAAUACUUUAAAUCAACUCAAGUGUAAUGAUAUUGGGAUGUUUGUUAUUGUAACACUUUAAAUCAACUCAAGUCUAAUGAUAAUGGGAUGUUUGUUAUUGUAAUACUUUAAAUCAACUCAAGUGUAAUGAUAUUGGGAUGUUUGUUAUUGUAACACUUUAAAUCAACUCAAGUCUAAUGAUAAUGGGAUGUUUGUUAUUGUAAUAAUUUAAAUCAACUCAAGUGUAAUGAUAAUGGGAUGUUUGUUAUUGUAAUACUUUAAAUCAACUCAAGUCUAAUGAUAAUGGGAUGUUUGUUAUUGUAAUACUUUAAAUCAACUCAAGUGUAAUGAUAUUGGGAUGUUUGUUAUUGUAACACUUUAAAUCAACUCAAGUCUAAUGAUAAUGGGAUGUUUGUUAUUGUAAUAAUUUAAAUCAACUCAAGUGUAAUGAUAAUGGGAUGUUUGUUAUUGUAAUACUUUAAAUCAACUCAAGUCUAAUGAUAAUGGGAUGUUUGUUAUUGUAAUACUUUAAAUCAACUCAAGUGUAAUGAUAUUGGGAUGUUUGUUAUUGUAACACUUUAAAUCAACUCAAGUCUAAUGAUAAUGGGAUGUUUGUUAUUGUAAUAAUUUAAAUCAACUCAAGUGUAAUGAUAAUGGGAUGUUUGUUAUUGUAAUACUUUAAAUCAACUCAAGUCUAAUGAUAAUGGGAUGUUUGUUAUUGUAAUACUUUAAAUCAACUCAAGUGUAAUGAUAAUGGGAUGUUUGUUAUUGUAAUACUUUAAAUCAACUCAAGUCUAAUGAUAAUGGGAUGUUUGUUAUUGUAAUACUUUAAAUCAACUCAAGUGUAAUGAUAAUGGGAUGUUUGUUAUUGUAACACUUUAAAUCAACUCAAGUGUAAUGAUAAUGGGAUGUUUGUUAUUGUAAUAAUUUAAAUCAACUCAAGUGUAAUGAUAAUGGAAUGUUUUUUAUUGUAAUACUUUAAAUCAACUCAAGUCUAAUGAUAAUGGGAUGUUUGUUAUUGUAAUACUUUCAAUCAACUCAAGUGUAAUGAAAAUCUGAUAUUUGUUAUUGUAACAAUUUAAUUCAACUCAACUCUAAUGAUAAUGGGAUGUUUGUUAUUGUAAUACUUUAAAUCAACUCAAGUGUAAUGAUAAUGGGAUGUUUGUUAUUGUAAUACUUUCAAUCAACUUAAGUCUUAUGAUAAUUGGAUGUUUGUUAUUGUAAUACUUUAAAUCAACUCAAGUGUAAUGAUAUUGGGAUGUUUGUUAUUGUAACACUUUAAAUCAACUCAAGUCUAAUGAUAAUGGGAUGUUUGUUAUUGUAAUAAUUUAAAUCAACUCAAGUGUACUGAUAAUGGGAUGUUUUUUAUUGUAAUACUUUAAAUCAACUCAAGUCUAAUGAUAAUGGGAUGUUUGUUAUUGUAACACUUUAAAUCAACUCAAGUGUAAUGAUAAUGAGAUGUUUGUUAUUGUUAUACUUUAAAUCAACUCAAGUCUAAUGAUAAUGGGAUGUUUGUUAUUGUAAUACUUUAAAUCAACUUAAGUCUUAUGAUAAUUGGAUGUUUAUUAUUGUAAUACUUUAAAUCAACUCAAGUUUAAUAAUAUUGGGAUGUUUGUUAUUGUAACACUUUAAAUCAACUCAAGUCUAAUGAUAAUGGGUUGUUUGUUAUUGUAAUAAUUUAAAUCAACUCAAGUGUAAUGAUAAUGGGAUGUUUUUUUAUUGUAAUACUUUAAAUCAACUCAAGUGUAAUGAUAAAGGGAUGUUUUUUAUUGUAAUAAUUUAAAUCAACUCAAGUGUAAUGAUAAUGGGAUGUUUUUUAUUGUAAUACUUUAAAUCAACUCAAAUGUAAUGAUAAUGGGAUGUUUGUUAUUGUAAUACUUUAAAUCAACUCAACUCUAAUGAUAAUGGGAUGUUUGUUUUUGUAAUACUUUCAAUCAUCUCAAGUGUAAUGAUAAUGGGAUGUUUGUUAUUGUAACACUUUAAAUCAACUCAAGUCUAAUGAUAAUGGGAUGUUUAUAAUUGUAAUACUUUAAAUCAACUCAAGUGUAAUUAUAAUGGGAUGUUUGUUAUUGUAAUAAUUUCAAUCAACUCAAGUCUUAUGAUAAUAGGAUGUUUGUUAUUGCAAUACUUUUAAUUAAAUCAAGUCUAAUAAUAAUGGGAUGUUUGUUAUUGUAAUACUUUAAAUCAACUCAAGUGUAAUGAUAAUGGGAUGUUUGUUAUUGUAAUACUUUCAAUCAACUUAAGUCUUAUGAUAAUUGGAUGUUUGUUAUUGUAAUACUUUAAAUCAACUCAAGUGUAAUGAUAUUGGGAUGUUUGUUAUUGUAACACUUUAAAUCAACUCAAGUGUAAUGAUAAUGGGAUGUUUGUUAUUGUAAUAAUUUAAAUCAACUCAAGUGUAAUGAUAAUGGAAUGUUUUUUAUUGUAAUACUUUAAAUCAACUCAAGUUUAAUAAUAUUGGGAUGUUUGUUAUUGUAACACUUUGAAUCAACUCAAGUCUAAUGAUAAUGGGUUGUUUGUUAUUGUAAUAAUUUAAAUCAACUCAAGUGUAAUGAUAAUGGGAUGUUUGUUAUUGUAAUACUUUAAAUCAACUCAAGUGUAAUGAUAAUGGGAUGUUUGUUAUUGUAAUACUUUCAAUCAACUUAAGUCUUAUGAUAAUUGGAUGUUUGUUAUUGUAAUACUUUAAAUCAACUCAAGUGUAAUGAUAUUGGGAUGUUUGUUAUUGUAACACUUUAAAUCAACUCAAGUCUAAUGAUAAUGGGAUGUUUGUUAUUGUAAUAAUUUAAAUCAACUCAAGUGUACUGAUAAUGGGAUGUUUGUAAUUGUAAUACUUUAAAUCAACUCAAGUGUAAUGAUAAUGGGAUGUUUGUUAUUGUAAUACUUUAAAUCAACUUAAGUCUUAUGAUAAUUGGAUGUUUGUUAUUGUAAUACUUUAAAUCAACUCAAGUGUAAUGAUAUUGGGAUGUUUGUUAUUGUAACACUUUAAAUCAACUCAAGUCUAAUGAUAAUGGGAUGUUUGUUAUUGUAAUACUUUAAAUCAACUCAAGUGUAAUGAUAAUGGGAUGUUUGUUAUUGUAAUACUUUAAAUCAACUCAAGUCUAAUGAUAAUGGGAUGUUUGUUAUUGUAAUACUUUAAAUCAACUCAAGUGUAAUGAUAAUGGGAUGUUUGUUAUUGUAAUACUUUAAAUCAACUCAAGUCUAAUGAUAAUGGGAUGUUUGUUAUUGUAAUACUUUAAAUCAACUCAAGUGUAAUGAUAAUGGGAUGUUUGUUAUUGUAAUACUUUAAAUCAACUCAAGUCUAAUGAUAAUGGGAUGUUUGUUAUUGUAAUACUUUAAAUCAACUCAAGUGUAAUGAUAAUGGGAUGUUUGUUAUUGUAAUACUUUAAAUCAACUCAAGUCUAAUGAUAAUGGGAUGUUUGUUAUUGUAAUACUUUAAAUCAACUCAAGUGUAAUGAUAAUGGGAUGUUUGUUAUUGUAAUACUUUAAAUCAACUCAAGUCUAAUGAUAAUGGGAUGUUUGUUAUUGUAAUACUUUAAAUCAACUCAAGUGUAAUGAUAAUGGGAUGUUUGUUAUUGUAAUACUUUAAAUCAACUCAAGUCUAAUGAUAAUGGGAUGUUUGUUAUUGUAAUACUUUAAAUCAACUCAAGUGUAAUGAUAAUGGGAUGUUUGUUAUUGUAAUACUUUAAAUCAACUCAAGUCUAAUGAUAAUGGGAUGUUUGUUAUUGUAAUACUUUAAAUCAACUCAAGUGUAAUGAUAAUGGGAUGUUUGUUAUUGUAAUACUUUAAAUCAACUCAAGUCUAAUGAUAAUGGGAUGUUUGUUAUUGUAAUACUUUAAAUCAACUCAAGUGUAAUGAUAAUGGGAUGUUUGUUAUUGUAAUACUUUAAAUCAACUCAAGUCUAAUGAUAAUGGGAUGUUUGUUAUUGUAAUACUUUAAAUCAACUCAAGUGUAAUGAUAAUGGGAUGUUUGUUAUUGUAAUACUUUAAAUCAACUCAAGUCUAAUGAUAAUGGGAUGUUUGUUAUUGUAAUACUUUAAAUCAACUCAAGUGUAAUGAUAAUGGGAUGUUUGUUAUUGUAAUACUUUAAAUCAACUCAAGUCUAAUGAUAAUGGGAUGUUUGUUAUUGUAAUACUUUAAAUCAACUCAAGUGUAAUGAUAAUGGGAUGUUUGUUAUUGUAAUACUUUAAAUCAACUCAAGUCUAAUGAUAAUGGGAUGUUUGUUAUUGUAAUACUUUAAAUCAACUCAAGUGUAAUGAUAAUGGGAUGUUUGUUAUUGUAAUACUUUAAAUCAACUCAAGUCUAAUGAUAAUGGGAUGUUUGUUAUUGUAAUACUUUAAAUCAACUCAAGUGUAAUGAUAAUGGGAUGUUUGUUAUUGUAAUACUUUAAAUCAACUCAAGUCUAAUGAUAAUGGGAUGUUUGUUAUUGUAAUACUUUAAAUCAACUCAAGUGUAAUGAUAAUGGGAUGUUUGUUAUUGUAAUACUUUAAAUCAACUCAAGUCUAAUGAUAUUGGGAUGUUUGUUAUUGUAACACUUUAAAUCAACUCAAGUGUAAUGAUAAUGGGAUGUUUGUUAUUGUAAUAAUUUAAAUCAACUCAAGUGUAAUGAUAAUGGAAUGUUUUUUAUUGUAAUACUUUAAAUCAACUCAAGUCUAAUGAUAAUGGGAUGUUUGUUAUUGUAAUACUUUCAAUCAACUCAAGUGUAAUGAAAAUCUGAUAUUUGUUAUUGUAACAAUUUAAUUCAACUCAACUCUAAUGAUAAUGGGAUGUUUGUUAUUGUAAUACUUUAAAUCAACUCAAGUGUAAUAAUAAUGGGAUGUUUGUUAUUGUAAUACUUUAAAUCAACUUAAGUCUAAUGAUAAUGGGAUGUUUGUUAUUUUAAUACUUUCAAUCGCAUAUUCCGCCUAGGCCUUAAUAAAGAUGCACGUCAAUGAAGUAAACACAUUCCUUAAUCAAAGUGCUUCUUUUUUUCUGGAAAACAUACAUCUGUUCCAAUGAUAAACUACACAUGUAUUGAAACAACCUUUAAACAUAGAAAAUACAAUGAGCAUUUGGAUUUCGUGGAGCUCCUAGAAGUUUAUUUCCAAGCAUUGUAACCAGCCCUCGUAUUUUCACAGGUCCCUUGAACAGUUUUGGCGAGUCGUUCGACUUCAAGUGCCAUGCAGGCGCAGCCAUGACAGCCGUACACUACAACUACGACAAUGAUGCAGAAGACGGCAUAUUCAUGGUCGAGUGCUGUAAGAUUACAGGCAAGACGGUGACCAACUGUGAGCGGUGGGAAGAGAAUACGUACAUGUCCCAGUACAUGCUUGCCUCUACAGCGGCUUAUAGAUAUGGAUUCCAACACCCAGCGAUCAGCGGUUUUUCUUCGAAACCCUUAAUAGGUCAUAAUUAUAAAACACGUGAAUUCAUCCUUGACAUGUGCUUUUUAAAAUAAUUAUUAUUGAACGCACACAAUCUGAAUUGUGUGCAUGGCAAUUUUAUUUUUAAUUACUAAAUCCUAAUGAAGCUUGGAAAAUGAGACUUUCUCCAUUGUAAUGAAAUACAAAUAAAUUUC